AUGAACGACUUUUCAGCCACCCUUUCUGGGAAGCCUAAGCUUCAGCUUCUAUGGCCAGAGCAUGUUAACCUACCAUUCCUCAACACUGUUCCUCCCAGAUAUCGAAUUGGACGCCGACGCACAAAGUCAAAAUCGAGACCUGGCAAUGAAGAGCUCACAAGCCUCAAGACUUCAUUUAAUGCUUGGGAUGGCGUCCGGGACCUCCAGCAGCACCACUGGAGGACGUCAGAUCUCCAGUACGCCGUUGUAGGACUUCUCGUUCUCUUCUCUUUCUGGAUCGCCCCUCCUGCGCCUGGAGUGAAGCUCCUUGCCAUCCUUGGUAGUGCCUGGGUUCUUCUAAUGCCCGCGACCCGCCAGUUUUUCCUGCCAUCGGUCACUAUCUGGACCUGGCUUCUUUAUUUCUUUUGUAGUCGAUUUAUCCCCAACGAGUACCGACCUCAUAUCUGGGUCCGAGUACUACCCGCCCUGGAGAACGUCCUUUAUGGCGCCAACCUCUCGAGCAUUCUCUCCGCCCACCAGCAUUCAGUCCUCGAUAUUCUCGCAUGGAUCCCCUACGGCUUGUGCCACUUUGGCGCUCCUGUUGUCUGCGCUCUGAUUAUGUUCGUCUUUGCUGCCCCUGGCACCGCCCCAGUAUGGGGACGCACCUUCGGUUGGAUGAGCAUUCUCGGUGUCACCAUCCAGCUCCUCUUCCCCUGCGCGCCCCCUUGGUAUGAGAUGGAGCACGGCCUCGAGCCCGCUGCGUACGGCAUGCCUGGAUCCCCCGCUGGACUUGCUCGCAUUGACGAGAUCUUCGGCAUUGACCUCUACACAACCAACUUCAGCACGGCGCCUGUUCCCUUUGGUGCCUUCCCUUCGCUCCACGCCGCCAACGCGGUUCUCGAGGCUCUCUUCAUGUCCCAUUGCUUCCCCCAGUUCCGAACUUACUUCAUCAUGUACGCUGGUUGGGUUUGCUGGGCCACCAUGUACCUCAGCCACCAUUAUGCAAUUGACCUGGUUGUCGGUGGCUUGAUUGCAUCCUGCUUCUUCUAUGUCGCCAAGGCACGAUGGCUACCACGCCGCCAGGAGGGCAAGAUCACCCGAUGGGAGUACGAAUAUGUGGAGUAUGGCGACCGCAACACCAUCUCAGACGAGGAAUACGGCGAGUACUUUGGCAUGGGCUUGUUGGGACGCCCUCGCGCCGAUUCUAGCGAUGGUUGGACCGUUGCAAGCUCCAGUUCAAGCUGCGGCUCCAGCAGCGGAACCCUUAGCCCUACCUUGUCCGAAGAAGCCCUCCCCGGCAUGCUUGACGAUGAUCAGCUUUGGAACAGUAAUGCUCCCGCCCGAGACGUGGAGCUGAGCGAAGUUGUUGUUUCGCGGUAA